AUUAUACUAGCCCCCCCCCCCCCCCCUUUAUCCCAGUUUCCUCCUCCGCUGUAAACCAAAGCCAAAACACCAUGUUUGAGGAAUCUGUCUCCGCCCUGCCCUCAAUUUGGGCCUCCAUGAACAGCUGGUUAACCCCAACUGUUCUCUUCCUCCUCCUCAACCUCAUUAUUGGCACCAUCGCCAUUGCCUCCAGCUUAGGCACCCAGAUGCACCACGACCAGGACCAACACCAGCACCAACAACACCAAGGCUUGGUUAGAUCUUCUUCUGUUCUGCAGCGCUUUAAGUCCAUCAACUUCUACAGCUACAGAUCUCCAGAACCCGCCACGAAUUACGAAAGAGCCCCCGAGUCCGAGACCCAUGAGGUCGAACAGCACAAGCUCCACAGAUCUCCUUCCAUGCUGCAGCGCCUCCAGUCCAUCAAGUUCCAGUUCCAAUUUCCCAGAGAACCCAGCCCCCUGCAGACCCGAGACUUGGUAGUUCCGGGGCCCGAACCGGAGACCCAUUUCACUACUUUUGAGCACUCCCCUGAAGACGAAUCUGAAAAAGAAGAAGAAGAAGAAGAAGAAGGACAGCACGAAGAGUUGGAGCUGGAUGAUGAAGACCAGUUCGAAGUUGAAGCAGGAGGUGAAGAGGAGGACCAGACACUCGACCAGAUUUACCGCCAGCUACAGCUGCAGGACCACCACGUCACCAGGACGACAUCGGACACCUUGCCGGCUCCCGGCGAGGUGCCCACGAAGCUGCCGAAGAAGAUGAAGAAGUCGGCGAGCACCAAGUCGGCAUUUUCUCAUUUCGCGGCGGAGGACAUCGUGGAGAAGCGCCGGCCGGAGACGGUGAGGGAGAAGAAGGCGGCGAAGGCGGACGAGGAUGAUGAGGAGGUGGAUGCGAAAGCCGAUGACUUCAUCAACAGGUUCAAGCAGCAGCUGAAGCUGCAGAGGCUGGACUCGGUCGUUAGGUACAAGGACAUGAUCAGUAGAGGCAGCGACAACAAGUGAUUAUGUUGUUAGUUUUGAUGCAAAUGGAAGUUAUCAUUGUCUGGGUUUUGAUUAAUGUCUUGUUAAUUUUUGGGGAAGAAGGAGAUUUCAUUUCGGUUAAUGAAAUUUUAGGGGGUCUUGAAUGUAAUGUAGAUCUGUGCUCUACGUACUAGUCUCUCUCACUACUGUUGCUCUGCUGCUGCAGCUCUCUUGUUUUGUUUGUUCAGAUAUGCCCUUUGUUA